CUGCGCCGCCACAUCUCGUAGCUCUACCUCCCUUCCUGCCUAAUCCGCGCCAUCCCGCCCGCCGCCGGCCGCCCCCUGGUGCUCUGCUGCCGCAUCUUGCACUUUUCCCCACCCUAAACCCUCGCCUCCACCGGCCAACUUCCAUAUCCUUUGGUCUCUCUCUCUCUCGGAUCUGGCAUCGUCUCCCUCCUGGCUCUGGCCGUCACCUAGCUGCUGGAGUGGAUCGGAGGGGAUCCAUCGCUUCUCUUCUCCUCUAGGUACUCGCCUCCAGCCAUGGCGCCACCAGUGGUAGCACCGCUGCCGGACGAGCUUCUCGAGGAGGUCUUCCUUCGCCUCCCGCCGGACGAGCCGGAGUGCCUCGUGCGCGCAUCCCUGGCCAGCAAGCUCUGGCUGGACACCCUCUCCGGCCCUCGCUUCCGCGGUCUCUACCGCAAGUUCCAUGGAGCUCCGCCAAUGCUGGGCUUCGUUUACUGCCCGCCCAUUUAUUCCUCGGGGGGAUACAGAAGGGACGAGUACGACAGGGUUCCGUACUACGAACCCGCCACAAAGUUCCGUCCGCGCAUUCCCGACGACGACUGGGGGUGCUGGUACUAUGAGCCGUGGGACUGCCGCCAUGGCCGCGUUCUCCUUGUGGAUGCAACUGCAUUAGCCGCCGAGGGGUUAGCCGCCAAGUUCCUCGUUUGGAACCCCUUGACAGGCAGCCGGAGGGAGCUGGAUGGGCCCCAGGCUCGAGAUAUCGUGGAAUCCCAGAGCCUUAGGGCCGCAGUGAUUUGCGCCGCGCCCCGCUGCGACCACCGCGCGUGUGAGGACGGCCCCUUCCGGGUGGUCUUGGUCACCCUGGACAAGAGUGAUGUUGAUUGUGUUGCAUGCGCAUACAUAUCCUUGCCGCAGAUGGGUGAAGGGAGCAAGCCAUGCUCUGGUCUCUCUCUUGCGGAUGAGUGGACUGAGUUGUCCGCUGAUCUUGAUCUUGUGGGUGUGAGUGCACGCAUUGAUUUUAAGCCCCAGGUCCUCAUCGAAGAAGCACUUUAUUUCGUGAUUAAGAAUGGUGAUAGUGGCGUGCCGAUAGCUAUUCUCAAGUGUGACUUGGCAUCUAAUUGCUUAUCACUGAUUGAUGUGCCGCCGCUGGAGACUGGCGCAGACGGUGAUAGUGAAACUAUCCUCAUGGCGACGGAGGAUGGUAGUUUGGGGUUUGCACGAUUGGACAUGUUAAACCUCCACAUGUGGUCAAGGCAGAUGGGUUUCGACGGAGUUCUGUCAUGGACUCAACAUAGAGUCAUCGAUCUGAAAGAACUCCUCCCCAUCCAUAAUCCCAAGUUAAGACUUACACUGGUUGGAUCUGUGGAGGGUAGUGAUACCAUUUUUGUGACCACAGAUCUUGGUAUAUACGGGAUUAAUCUCAAGUCACGAAGUGUGAAGAAGCUAUGGAAGAGAGAAAUCUUUCAUUAUUUGAUGCCAUACAUGAGUUUCUACACUCCUCGAGAAAUGGUGAACCCCGCCAAUGCGACUCAUUGACUACAUAUGGUUGGAAUAUUAAUAAGGGAAGCAGGCCACUCUCACCCUCUUUAGGAAAGAUCACCACUUGGAGGCGCCAUGGGUCUUAUGAUCAGUUGAGCCAGUAUUUAGUAGCUGCUUUUGUGCAGCGGUGCUUGUUUUCCUAUAGUGUGGUGUUGGCUUGUCAUUAAUCUCGUGAAUUUAGCUGCGUCAUUGCCCGUUGGCGUAUGUAACCGGGAAUGGAUUAUCUUGUAAUGAAUCUCUAAUUUCUUGCAGUGUCAGCUACAUGAUCUGUUGUUUAAUUAGCUU